GCCGCGCGUGGCGGGCGCGCCCCGCUCCGGCUGCGGCAGCGCCGCGGAGCGCCCGGCCCGGCGGCGGGCGCGCUGCUGCCCCGGGCUGUCGGGAGCGCGGCUUUCCCCACGGGACCCCGGGGACGCCGUCCCAUCGGAGGGGCUGCGGGACGAGGCUGCGAGCAGAAACGGGCUGCUGGAUGUAGAAGGAAAGUAAGUCGUGCGCACGGAAAAUGCCUCUAAGGGACAAGUGUUGUCAGACUGACCACCAUCACCAUGGAUGCUGUGAACCAGUGCGUCUGUUGGAACCUGGUGAUCCUCCGUUAUUGCAGCAGCCUCUGCAAACAUCAAAAUCUGGUAUUCAACAAAUCAUUGAGUGUUUUCGAUCAGGAACGAAACAACUUAAACAUAUCUUGUUAAGAGAUGUGGACACCAUUUUUGAGUGUAAAUUGUGCCGGAGUCUCUUCAGAGGAUUACCAAAUUUAAUUACUCAUAAAAAGUUUUAUUGUCCUCCAAGUCUUCAGAUGGAUGAUAACCUCCCAGAUACGAAAGAUAAGCAGAGUCAAGCCAUAAAUGACCUUCUUGAAGCAAUCUAUCCAAGGGUAGAUAAGCAAGAAUAUAUAAUUACGUUGGAACCUAUAGAAACUAAUCAAAAUGCUGUAUUUCAAUAUGUGUCAAGGACUGCUAGCCCAGAUGAGAACAUAGAAAGUAGCCAUACCCCUGAUCAAGCUCCAGUACAGAUCCAGGAACCCAGCACUGAGCAACCCAAGACUGUUUCAGCUCCAGCCCCAGUCCCAGCUGGGGAUACUGUAGAAUUACCUCCUGCUGAUCCUGUUACAAACAAGGUGAUACCUACUCCCGAAGAACAGCCACCAGCAGUAAAUCCUGACUUGGACUCUCUGGAUAAUUCUGAUUAUGGCCACCAGUUGAUUUGUUGCCUCUGUAGGAAGGAGUUUCAUUCAAGACGCAGUGUACGCCGGCACAUUCGAAAAGUACACAAAAAAAAGAUGGAAGAACUAAAGAAGUAUAUAGAAACAAAAAAGAAACCAAACCAGUGCUCUGCAAGAGGACGAAAUAAGAAUGUUCUUGUCACAUUAGGUAGAAGUUGUCCUGUGUGUUAUAAAUCAUUUGCCACAAAAGCCAAUGUAAGGAGGCAUUUUGAUGAAGUUCAUAGAGGAUUAAGAAGGGAUUCCAUUACUCCUGAUAUAGCUACAAAGCCUGGGCAACCUUUGUUCUUGGAUACAGUUUCUGCUAAAAAAUCUCUUAAGACCAGAAAACAAAAGUCGUCUUCAAAGGCUGAAUACAAUUUAAGUGCAUGCAAAUGCCUUCUGUGCAAGAGAAAAUAUAGUUCACAGAUAAUGCUGAAAAGGCAUAUGCAAAUUGUUCACAAGAUAACUCUUUCUGGAAAGAACUCUAAAAGAGAGAAAGGACCCAACAAUACUACCAAUGGCACAGAAAUACAAGUUGAACCAGCAGAUUCUGUAGAACCUUCACCCCCUUCCAUUGUGCUUUCUCCACAGAAUGAAUUAAAGGGAACAAAUCAUUCAAAUGAGAAAAAAAACACACCGUCAGCACAAAAAAAUAAGGUUAAACAGGACCCUGAAACCCCUAAAUCAACUUCUAAAUCAACCACUAAAUCAACCUGCAAAUCAACCACUAAAUCAACCCCUAAAUCAACCAAUGCAUCUGCUGCAGGUGGCCAGCAAAAGGCCAGGAAGCCAAAACUUUCAGCUGGCUUUGACUUCAAGCAGCUUUACUGUAAACUCUGUAAGCGCCAAUUUACGUCUAAACAGAAUUUAACAAAACACAUUGAAUUACACACAGAUGGAAAUAAUAUUUAUGUUAAAUACUACAGGUGUCCGCUCUGCUCUUACGAAACGCGUCGCAAGCGCGAUGUGAUCCGACACAUAACUGUGGUUCAUAAAAAGUCACCGCGCUACCUUGGGAAAAUAACGGCAAGUUUAGAAAUAAGAGCAAUAAAGAAGCCAAUUGAUCUUGUUCUGAAUAAGGUGACAAAAAGAGGCUCUCAGAAGGAUGAAGCAAAACAGAUUGGUUCAAAACAGGAUGUCACCUCUAAUUCUCCCAAUAAAAAGUAUGAAGGAGCUGAUGUUGGCAUUGAAGUAAAAGUAACAAAAAACUUUUCUCUGCACCGAUGCAAUAAAUGUGGGAAAGCAUUUGCCAGAAAGGCUUUUCUAGAACAUCAUAAGAAAACCCACAAAGCAAACGUAUCUCAUUCACCUGAAGAAAGUAAAACCAAAGGCAGAAGUACAAGAUCUAAAGCUGUUGUCUGCCUUGAAUUUGGUUUGACCUAUUGCAGCAAGGACCUUUGGUGUGUCUUCCACAGCCCAUUUUGUAUCAUCUCUGGAACUGUGUGUGUCAUCUGGCUUGGGAAUAUAUUUGCUGUGACUACACUUGCCAUGGGGUUUGCCAAGCUAAACAGAAACUGGCAAAAGCCUUCUCCAUCCUGUGUCCAAAACAAACAGCCUGCUGUGCUAGUUCAUGGGAUACAGCUGUAUUGCAUGAAGAAACCUGGACCCAGAUGGACCCCCUUCUGGAAAGCUUCUAAAGAAUAUGGAUGUGCUGUACACCAGCACAAGCUUGCUUCAAUUUCAGAUUCCUCUCUGGAAGGUGUUGUGCAAGAUUUUCAUGGCCCCUGUGGGCUUGCAGGAAGAAAAACUCAUCUGCUGAAUCAGGGUAAAACCCUGUUUCCAAUUAAGUUUUGUGUCGAUAUUUCCUUUCCCCAGACUAUGUGAGGCUGCAGAGCUCCUCUAUUUCAGCUGUGUGAGUACCAAUAUAUCUGUGCUGGCAGUGAUCUAGAUUAGGCAGAGGCUGGAUUUAGGUGGAAGGGGUCAGAUAAGAUGCCCACACUGGCACAAAAACUUAUGGCUGUGUAAUCAGAGUACACACAGCCCACCUACACUCUGAGACCGUCCAGCUGGACUGUGCUCCUGCACUGAGAGGCUGGGUGUACCCCAUGCAUGGGCCUGGGUGCUGGUGUUGGGACUAUGCUUUCCUCCUCCUUCCCAUGCUCCUGGAGGAGAGGCAGCCCCUGUACAUGAAGAGGCAGAGAAACCAAAGCUCAGAGCAGGAGCAUCUGAGCUGUCUGUUCUGAGGUUAUGGAGGAGGGAGACUCUGAGGCCAGUGAGGUCUAGUCUAAAGAUAAUGCACCCUUGUCAGUCUCCUGAGACUCCCUCUGUCACCAAUGGAGAGAGACUGAGACAUCUAUAAGUCCAUCUACCACCUUUUUUAGGUCACCUCUUUCAGGAUGAAGUCUGUUACUGUUUAUAUGCCUUAUCCAGUGGAGCAUGUGAAUCUUGGCUCCUGGACUUCCUGGAGGAUCACUGGCGAGCUCCAAAGCUUGUCACAGAUCAUGGUGGACUAUUCAGCUUAGUGACAAAUACAUUUAGCAUCUCAUCACCUGUGACCUGCAAACCCCAGCCUGAAAACCACUGGUGUAACCAACGCAUGCUAGUUAGAUGUUGUGAAACCAGUUAUUUUGUAAUGUGGACAAGCUCAUUCAAUGUGUGCUAAAGCUACUGAAGUUUAUUUUUGCUCAUUGCUUCAUGUGUUUGAAAUUUCAAACAAGAGUCUGUGCUAAGGUUUUAAAAGAUUGUUAAGUAAUAAAGAUGCAUUAGCAUACUUAACAUAUUUUAAUCCAAUCUCACUGCAUUUUAAAAUGAGCAUGAAGCAUUGCAUGUUGCAGUACUAAUUUUGUAGCAGUGCAACUUUAGAUUUUAGUGAGUACAGUUUGCACUUAUACUGGAAUACACUACAACUGCAGGAAAGAAAAGUAAUUUUUAAGUCUUUGACUCAUAAAUCCAUUGAAAAAGUAUGAAUAAUUGUGUUUCUGUUAAUCAACAAACUAGUGUUUUUAUACCACUAUGUACUGUUUAUAUGAUAUUUCCCCUGAUAUUAGGAAAUAGAAGUAGAAGAAGUGAUUUUCUGCCAUUUCUUCUAUGAGCUCUCAUCCAACACUUAGCUAUAGUGCUUGUGUGGAUUUAUCUCACAAACAAAUUAGUGAUAUUUUAAAACAUCCUUUUUAAUUUUUUUUCUGAUCUAGAAUGAGUACAAGAUUUUAAACUUUUCUAUGAAGCAAAAAUAAUGAAAAGAGAUGUUAAGGACACCUCAAUGCAUAAUCAUUACAGGAUAAAAUAUCUCUCCUGGCCUGAAACUGAUUUAAAUCUUUGUUAUUUUCUCAAUGUUUAUGCAGCAUUCCUGCAACUGAAGGGAACUGGGGCAUUAUCACUACAGCCUCCUGAGCUGCUUGAGCAAAAAGCAGAAUAUCACCCCCAGCUAUCACAUCUGUUUGCGUCCUUUCUUGAAAACACUCUUUGCCCCAGUGGCUGUUUUUUGACCUGGAGCAGGAAACUGCACAAGAGAGGGAGAAAAGAUGUGUAGAAAAAGUAAUUUAGCACAACAGGAGCAGAUCCAUGGCAUGGGCACUGGGGUCCUGUGUCCACACUGUCCUUGCUCCAGGGGUGUCUCCUGGUCUGGUGGUGAGGUCUGGCUGCCCAAUGGAGCUGGGGCACAGUUUGUGUUCUGGCUUCAUCAGGGGGCUGAUCCUGUUGGUUUGGUCCAGGACAGCUCUGUGGUCCAAUCCCAGUGGUGAACAGUGGUGGAAAAGAGUCAUCAACACAACAGUCCUAAAGCUAGGAUGCAAACAUAGCCUUGUGCAGUGGAAGCCAUCCUGGAGAGCGUUUGAAAUUAGGGCAGUUUCUUGAUGUCAGGGAGUGCUGGUUCCAAUCAUUGGGUGCAAGGAGUCAGGAAAAGGAUGCCUUCAUGGCAAAUGGAUAGCAUAGAUACAGGGUUGGAGCUCCCAUCAGUUUCUCCUCUAACUCUAGUCCUUUAUUUCCAAAUUUCCUAUUUGAAAGUGUUGAAUGCAAACUAAAAAACCAAAACAAACCAAGAAACAACCCAAACCAACAAAACCAAUAACGAAGCAACGUAAUAGCACUUAGGUUAAAAAAAAUAAUGAAGAAUAGAUAUUUUUUGUCUGAUCCUCAGUUAUUUAUUUUACGUUUAUGUUGUUUAUUGCUUAUUUCAUCUUCCUUCAAAUGUUUGAGCAUUUCUAAUUUAGUCUGCCAAAUAAGGUUUAGACUAUGGACUUUCCAACUAGAUCAUCCUCAGUCUAAAUACAGAGAUAUGAAAUACAUCUCUAAAUACAGAGAUGUUCCCAGAGGAAUAUUUUAUUUCUUGAAAGCUCUUGGGUGGGUACUUGAAUUAAUUCUUCUACUGAGGGAAAGGAUUUCAGUUUGAGUUCAAAAGCUUUUUCCUCAGUUUUGCCUGUUUUACUGGGCAAUGAGCACACAUAUUUUUGUAGCAACACUUUGUGGGCAUUUAGAGUUAAUACUGAGAGGAAACACAAGGCAAUAUGGGAGAAGCAGCCACAGUCAAUAAUAAAUACACACAUUUUUGGUCAAUUUUUACAAGUGUAGUUGAUGUAGUAGUUGUAUUUCACACAAAAAACAGCUCUAUGCCAUUCCUGAGUUGCCCAACAAGACCAAUGAGAUGCUGGAAAUGCUUCUGCUGCAGAAGCAUCAUCAGUGUCUGGUAAAAUACUCACCUAAUUAUGCCAUUAGUGGUUACCUGUCUUCAGGUCAGUUAAGCAAUGAAGCACAGGAAAAUAAAUCAUUAACCUUAAUACCAAUGACAUGGCUUUUACAUGUCCUAGGUUAUUUUUUAAACACAAGAAAAUGCCACUAUCAUAAGAGUACGUUACAAUUGGUUCUUUCUUGAUUGAACUACUACCACUCAUUGUUUUGCACUUUAGUUACAGUUUAAACAAUGAAGGGUUUUAUUAAGAUGACCUAUCAUUACAAAUUAAUUACAAAUUAAUGUAAGUCCUAAACUAGAGAUGCAGAGCAGAACUCUGGAUGAAUGUUGUGUCGCUGUACACCUAAUCUUCCUCCCAACAACCUUGAUAGGGAGUUUGUUCUUCCAGUUGCACAGAACCUAUAGCAAGGUUAUACACACAAACUUUCUGGUCCUCCAGUCUAUUAAAAAAGUUCUACCUUCACUUUAUAAACACAAGAUCGAAUUGUGUACAUUAUUUACAGCUGGUAGCUAUUAAAUGAAGUGUGAAACUUCCCUGUGAAACAUGCCAUGCAUCAUGCUAGCCUUUAAUUAGUUACAAAGUCUAGCUCUCAGAGCUUCAGUGCAGUCUUUCAGCCCUGACCCUCAGGGCAAUACUGGGACAGUUUUCAAGACUGUAACCUCAAUCUGGCAUGGGCUAUAUUUAUCUUAACAAGUCACACGGGCCAGCAUGGGUCUAUAGAGUAAAAUAUUUGGUGCUGAUGAGCUGAUGUUCACAUCACAUGUGGAUCACCUCAGAUUAGCUUGGUCUGCCAGCAAUUGUAAUGCUUUGAGUGCAGUCCUGGAGUGCAGGUUCAGCUUCUGUCCUUCCUUGGGAGGAAUCCAGUCCAUGAGCCCUUAGAUUGCUCUGUUACAUUAACCAAAGCACAUCAUAAGAAAGGACAACUGCAAGGUUUACUUCAAAAGUGUGCUCAUGAUAAGGAGUUUAUGUUAACAUGAAGUCCCCCCACAAAGUACCGUAUGGAUGUAAAUGUCAUCAUGUGUGAAUCUUGAGCAGCAGCUUACCUGUGUCUUGUUCAUGCAGAGGCCAGCAAAAACCUGAACCCUGACUUUCUUUUUCACAAGCAAUGAAUUUAAAUGAUUGCUUAAUUUUGUAACAAUUAGGUUUUAGGGAAAAAAAGCAGAACUGUUUCCUUAUAAAUAUAUAACUUAAUAAAUACAAUGUUUUGCUAAGUAUUUUCCACUUUUAAAUACUUGGCACAGAGUUGAUUGACUUCUUAAGACCAUUUUGACUAUUUGUCAGCAACUCACUGUGGGAAGGGUAGAGGAAGGACUUAUUAAUGCUGGAGCAUUAGCUAGCACCAGAACAAGCACAAUGAGAAACUAGUCAUGAGCUGGUGGUGUGUGCUCUCAGACCCUGAGCUGCUGUCUGUCUGUCUGCACCUUCCCAUGCUCCAGUGGUGAAUAUACCUCACCUGGCUUUGAUCACCUACACUGCAGCCAUUUACAUCUGAGCCAGUUGUUUAGACUCUUUUUAUAGUUUAUGGGGAGGAAAGGCACUUCUGAGGCAUGAUUUACAUGUUCUGUUUAGACAUCUAUGCUAAUAUCAGGUGACUCACUGCCUGGAAAGCAGCUAUUUCUUCCCAUUUGUCUAUUUUUCUUUUACACAGUAAGCCCAGAGGAAUGUUUUAAAUACAGGAGUUUACAUCUUAGGUGUUUGAGAAUAUCUCCUGAGGAUCUGUAUUUUGCCCAAGAAAAGUCACCUCUGAGAACCCAAAAAUGUAUUUACAUGAUUCUUACAGAAGAGUUUCAAGAGGAAUUGGCUAACAGGGCAGGCUCACACACUCUGAUGGAUCUGGGCACACAAAGUGACACCAUAAUGUACCCUUGUGAACUUGCAUAUCCACUCAGAGAAUAACUUUAGGCCAAAUGCUGGGCUGGGUAUCUGUCUGCUGCCUCUAUGGACUCUGUAUGGAAGCUGUGGCUUUAGGGGAAUUCUCAGAGCCUCAUCAAAAAUGCUCUCCCUGCUGCAUGAGGGUGGGUCUUGCAACAUUUAAACUUACAACCACAUUUUAAAAAAGGGUUUUUUGGCUUCAAGUGAGUCUCCAUUCAUUAUUUUGAUGAUUCCUAGAGCUACAAUUCUGCUGCUUCUGCAACAAGCCAUGAAAAGAAAUGACUGUUCAAAAUAAUGCCUUGAAUUCUAGACAAUGGAUCAAUGGUUUGUUUUCCAGUAGUCUAACAGGCAGUAUUCAAAGUAGAAUCAAAGUUUACUUUAUAACAAGCUUUGAGUAUUUUAUUUUAAUCUAGGGAGUACACAGAGAUUCUGUACACUUAGUUUAAAAAAAGUCUUCUGCCUGAUUCUGCUGUCCACAGAAAUGAUAGGAAUACCAGAGCUGAAGAUUAGCUAUUUCCAUGCGUUGCUAACUGAGAGGAUUUUGCCAAAAGUUGACAAGGUGUCUGGAACAAGGCAGAGCCUGAUCAGCUCCACUUACCUUUUGGCAAAUUACAUUGUAUGCAAAUAACUUAUUUGGAAGGGUAUAGAAAUACGAUUUUUUUUUUUACAGCUAUGUAAAAUAUCUGUAUCCAUCUGCUGUCAUUUAAGAGGAAAGGUUCUCAUGUUGAGAAGGUAAUGUGGCUUGGCUUUCUGAUUUAUAAACCUAUUUUGUACCUCACCUCAAAGAUUUCAGCAUUUCAAAGGCUAGUGAAGUAAUCACUAUAUAUAGCUUUUUAUCAGUUUUUGUAAAGUGGCUUAGAGUGAAAGGUACUCUAAACAUGAUUUCAUUUUUCCUUUUACUGAAGGACAAAAUGAAUGACUAGGGGUUUAGAAGCAGCUGUACGUAGUACCUCUGUAGACACUUAAUCAAUAUAAAACUAUAUAGUCAUUAUAUUAGAGGACACGCUAGUGGAGACUGUUCCCAUUAUAACGGUGUAAGAAUGGAUAACUCCCUUUAGGAAUGUUGUAAUUUUUAGUUAAUUAGCAUUCAGUCUCUUUUUAGCAAAUGUUUUGUUUCACUGCUGACUUCAGUGUUCUGGCUGGGGUGGGAGAGUAUUUUGCUGGCUCAUCAUCCACUUCUAUUUUGGAAACACUGUAUUUGAUUCAUAAAUAGACUAUAUCCUUUACUUAAAAGUAGUAUGUGUCCACCAUUUUUGACUUCCAGAUGUGUCUCCUUCACAUUUCAAUCACAUUGAGAGGCAAAUUCUUAUAUUGUGCAUUAAGAAAAUCUAUCAAAUUUUAUGACAUGUUUGGGAUGUGUCACUGUCAUCCUCUAGCUCUGUGCAGAAAAAAGAGAUGUAAGAGAAUAUGACACAAGGCUUUGACCAGUAUAUAAAUGAGGGCCAAGAGCCCUACUCUGCUCCCAUGGUUUUGGCAGCCAGUAGUCAAGGCAACUCAGACACAAGGCAAUGGUGUGACCCCAGGUGAGGCUGCUGAGGAGAGCUUUGUGAGAAAGCUGUGAGAAAGCUGUAAGAAAUCUCCUUUGGGCUCCCCAAAGCUGUUUUAAGGUCUGAUAUUCCUUCUUUGCCCUUCCUGGAGCUGUUUCAGCCAUGCUUGUGCCUUGCCAUUUACCCCUCUAAUGAAGUUUCUGAUCUCCCAGCUUAACUUCCUGGCUUGACCUCAGACUUGCCUUAGCAUUGUGACUUGUUUAGCAAUCUCUGGGAUGUGCUGACUUUGGUUGCUGCCACCAGACCUGCUCUGCUCUGCUUCGUAGUUUGGCUUUGGUGGGACUUAGUGUCCCUCCUGUUUCAAAAGUUUCAAAAACCCAUUUACCAAACAAUGUUCAUUGUGCUGCUCCUUCCAGCAGAGCAAAGGUUUCCAGCUGCUAAAAUCUUCUAGCAUGCUGGAGUUUGUUAGACAGAUUUGGAAAUUAGAAACUGAAAAUAUUCUAAUUCUGAAAAUAUCUUGCUGGAAACCAGGCUGCCUUUCCUACAUGAUGGCUAUCUUUCUUUUUAAAGUUUAAGCUUUUACAUCCCCUGUUCAUUGCUGAAACAUUUAUUUGAAAUGAGCCAGGGUUGGAGCCUUCUAAAGGUAUAUUGUGGUUGCACACUUUCUUUGGCCUCCACAUAAUGCUUUCUGUCAUAGUUACUGAUGUGAAAUGCUUUUCUCCACCUUUUCUUUUUUCUUCACAUAAUAAAAUUUGUAAAAAAAAAAAUUAGUCUUAAAGAAGUACAUACAAAGCACCCAAGUUUCAAGAACUUUUCUUUAAUGAUUGUGUUUCUUGAAAAAGUCAAACACAUUUUUUCUGUAGCACCUUGUAACUCAGAAUCCAGUAGUAUCCACUAUCACUUUAAUGGAAGGCAGUGAGUUUGUGGUUCUGUAUUCUUUAAUGGCUAUUAAUCAGCAGGCUGUUGCUGAACAGUGAUUAUUCAAGAGGUUUUAUUGCCUUUGUGAGUUUAAUUCCCAUGUCUGAAUAACUCAGAAAGUCACAUUUCUCAUGUAAGUAGCAACAAAAACCUCAUCCAGAACUGAGAGUGUCUUCAUACCAUUUCAAAUUUAAGAAAUAAUCAGCUCUAUUUGAAUGUCAUUAAAAACUGUACUGGUGAUUGUGGUUAUGGAAGAGGACCAUUGGAAUAUGAGUUACUUUGCUGAAAUCACUGCUUGAAUACACAGAGGUUCAACAUCUUCUGUGUAAAAGAGGCAUAGAGAGGCACAGAUGGAUUUUGUUUUGCUUGGCUUUAAAGAGAUGUUUACAGUAAAAAUUUGUUCCAGGCAGUAGUUAACCUGCAGCCUCUCAGGCUGUGCCUCUAUGGUCCACUUUAGCAUGGCCCUGCCAGUCUCAUAACGUGUCAGAUGCUGCCUGUGAUGGUUCACAAAUUAAAAAAACCCCAUAAUUUAAGAUCCCCUUUAUGACAGCUUGGUCUCUAGAACUGGAUUUCUUGCCUUCCAAGUUACUUGUGCAGGUAGUAGCUGUCACCAGUGCUGACAUUAGCCUUCUGUAGAAUCUGACAUUACCUACUGUUGGGUCUGAAUCAGAAUGAAUCCUGCUCAGAGAAUCAUGGAUAUGUUUUGCGUCUCUCCUGUGUCAUCUAUCCUCAUGGAAUGGCCAUUUUCAUGUGAAGCUUCUUAUUAUCCUCCCUGCCCUGCCCUACCUCCCCUGCCCCCAAUUAAUUUUCUCUGCUUCAUUUAGUUAAAACAUAGCAAACUUCAGUUAUGCAUUUAUUUAUCAUAUUCCCACCAAAAAGUCAUUGUGGUAAUCACUGUAAAUAUAAGUAAAAGAUACCCCCUCAAUGCCCUCAAAAUGGUGCUAUAGAAAAGAUGUGGCUGGAAGAAAUAGGGGGAGGCAUCAGGUUACAUUCAGGUUGGUGGCCAAGCUGGAAGCACUUGGAGGUUUUGUAUCCUAGUCUUUUGACCCCAGCCUGCUUCUCCAGCUGCAAGCUUCACACAAGAGUUCAGGCAUUACCUGUGCCCUCAGGAUAUCGCUUCCUUUUGCUUUGCUGGACUCUCUGUUAAGCUGCUGGAGAGGCAAAGUAUAAAUAUAGUUGGAAAUUGGUCUAUCUAACACGGAUAACUCAUACAUGGCUAAUUUUCCUGAUGGGAGUAAAGGAGGAUAUCUGUUUUUAAAUGGAAUUUUGCUCACGGUUGAACAUCAGGACAUUGAGUCACCUAUAUGACUAUAUUCCUGAUUUCUGAGAUAGAUCAUUGAAACCACAUCUCCAUCUUCUGUCAUGGAAGGUUUUGAGAAAAAACAAAUUGAAACAUGAGAUAAUAUAUCCUGCCUAAGACCUGGCUGUUUUUCCAGUGCCAUUUUGCAAUUGUAAGAGACCUUUUGCAUAAGAGAAGUUACAGGCUUGAACGACUCAUCGAGCAUUGUCUGAGUCCCGUGGUUUGCCCGGGGCAGACCUUUAACAUAAACACAAGCAGUAACACACAACAAAGAUGAUCAUGGAAGCGCUGGUUGGACAUAUUUAAGCACUCCUGGAAUUCCUCCUUCCAGCAAUGAUGUUCUAAGUGAGACAGCCCCGGGCAAAGCGAAGAAAGGAAAGUGGUUCAGAC